GCUGAAUCUGCUUCGACGAUGCUGGAGCGGAACGACGACGUGGGUAACAACAAGUGCAGCAUGCAAGAGCAGCAGCGCAAGCCGCAGGUGCAGUACCUCCCGACAGAGGACGUGGGCCUACCCCGGCGGUGCCCCGCACCCGCGCUCAAGCGACCGCUGCCGCUGCCCGUGUGGCUCAGCGCGCCGACGGACCUCGACGUGAUGCUGGACCCAACGACGCCGCUCAAGGACCGGCUCACGAUCGAGAUUGGGCGGUUUGUCGAGCACACGCAGAGCGCCGUCAAGCUCGCGCAGGUCGACAUUGAUGCGAGCCUCGCACAGCUCACGGCGUGCGUCCAGACCAAGUGGCCGACCGCGACGGCCACGUGCUUUGGGUCGUUUGCGAGCGGUCUCUGGCUGCCGUCGAGCGACAUUGAUGUCGUCAUCCAGGGCAUCAUCGACGACGAGGCGACGCUCAGCGACGACUACCAGGCGCAAGUCGACCAGCUCGACAUCAUUUUGAGCCUCCUCCUCACGAAAGACUGGGUUGCUCGCGCCGUCGUGGUCGGCACUAAAGUGCCCGUGAUCAAGCUCGAUGUCGUUGGCUCGGGGCGCCAGAUCGACAUUGCUGUUGAGACACCGCACACGCGCCAGGGCCUCCGCGCGACUGAGGUCGUCCGCGCCGGCGUCGCGUCCAUGGUCCAAAUGUACCCACUCGUGCUCGUGCUCAAGUCGUUUCUGCGGGAGAAGGGCCUCAACAAUGCGUUCCUUGGCGGCCUGAGCUCGUAUGCGCUCGUCUUGCUCUGUUUGCACUACCUGUUGACGUCGCCGCCCGAGCAGAGCGUCGGCGAGGCGGUCCUGGGCUUUCUCGAGUACUAUGGUACCGUCUUUGAUCACACGAUGACGUGCAUCACGUGGUGCAUCGACGACGAAGGCCGACUGCUCUCGCGCGAGUACUUUGUGCCACCCACGAUGAAGGGCGCACUCCCCGUGCCCCGGCUCGUGCUCGACGACCCCUCGGACCUGAGCGAGUGCGGCCUCUUCAACGUCGGUGCCGGCGCCAACGCCCUCGCCCGGGUCGUCGCCGCGAUCGAAAAUGCCUUUUACGCGAUAACCUUUCAUCGACCGACGCGGUUUACCCCGACGCCCUUGAGCCAAGUGAUACACUGGUCGGGCCCGUCCGCGCUGUAAACAAGGCACCGUCUAAGUAAAGUCCGUCGUAGAGAUACAAGACAUAUUGUCCAUUCCAAGGUUUGUCG